AUGACGACAGUUUUAGAUUUGAACAGGCCGUUUUCACCAUGUGAACUCAAAAAGGUCCGCAUGGUGGAGUUUGGCGUCUUGGAUCCGGAAUUGGUCAAGCGCAUGUCAGUCUGCGAGGUUUCACUCUCGGAGCUCUACCGUGACGGUGUGCCGCAGACGGGAGGCCUCAACGAUUUGCGGAUGGGCACGACCGACCCUCGUCACGUCUGUACGACGUGCUGUAUGGGCCUACAGCACUGCAACGGCCACUUUGGGCACAUUGUACUGGCCAAGCCCAUGUACCACUACGGUUUCCUGACGACAGUACUCAAGAUUUUGCGCUGUGUAUGCUACAACUGCAGCAGGCUACUCUGCGACAAGGACGACCCUCGCAUUCGCAACCUCAUCAAGACCAGGGCCACGUCAAGUCGACUCAGCAGGCUGGCUGACGUCUGCUCCUCCUCAUUCCGCUGCCAGAAUGCAUCGCAAUCGGACUCUAAGCUCAAGGGAUGCGGGUAUCCACAGCCAAAGUACACCCGAGAAGGACCAGGAAUCAUGAUUCAGUUCUCGCAGAAGCAGCGCCAGAUCCUGGAAGAAGUGGAGGAGGAAUGUGACGAGAUUAAACGCACACUCAACGCAGAUGAAGCAUUUAAAAUACUCAAGGGAAUUACCAUUGAGGACAUGAGAUACCUGGGAUUCACUCCAGAACGCUCGCAGCCUUCUUGGCUCAUUUUACAGGUUCUUCCUGUACCGCCACCUGCCGUGCGUCCAUAUGUUCAGUACGGAAGUGAUCGUAGCGAAGAUGAUCUAACGCUAAAGUUGCUUGACAUUGUCAAGACGAACAACCUCAUCAAGAGGCACGAUAAACGUGCAACCGCUCCUCACAUUGUACAGGAAAUGGCACAGCUCUUGCAAUUUCACAUUACCACUCUCUUUGACAACGACAUUCCUGGAAUGCCAAUCGCAUCUACAAGGUCUAAGAAACCCAUAAAGUCCAUUAGAGCAAGACUAAAGGGAAAAGAAGGAAGGUUAAGAGGUAACUUGAUGGGAAAACGUGUAGAUUUCUCCGCAAGAACUGUAAUUACGGGCGACCCCAAUCUGCCAAUCGACACUAUAGGGGUGCCCAAAUCCAUCGCAAUGACGCUGACGUUCAGCGAGACUGUAACUCCUCUCAACUUUGAGAGCCUACGCAGACGCGUAGAGGUUGGUCCACACGAUUGGCCAGGAGCCAAAUAUAUUAUAAGGGACGAUGGUACCAAAUUUGACCUUCGUCAUGUCAAAAAGGCUAGCGAACUACAGCUAGAGUACGGUUACAAGGUGGAAAGGCAUAUGCAAGAUGGCGAUUACAUUCUAUUUAACAGACAACCAUCGCUUCACAAGAUGAGUAUUAUGGGCCAUCGCGCAAAAAUAUUGCCCUAUUCUACAUUCCGCCUAAAUCUAUCGGUUACAACACCCUACAAUGCAGAUUUUGAUGGAGAUGAAAUGAACUUGCAUCUGGUACAGACACAUGAAACCAGAGCAGAAGUCAAACAUUUGAUGCUUGUACCAAAACAGAUUGUAUCGCCACAAGGUAACCGCCCAGUCAUGGGUAUUGUCCAGGAUUCUCUCUUGGGUAUAAGUAAGUUUACAAAGCGCGACUGCUUUCUUACCAAGGAUGAACUCAUGAACUUGCUAAUGUGGGUUCCUUACUGGGAUGGGAAGUUGCCACAACCUUGCAUUUUCCAUCCACAACCUCUCUGGACUGGUAAGCAGGUCAUUACCGUAAUGUUGACAUUUGAUCAGUCUCAGUCGUUAACAAACAUUAACCUCAUGAGAGAUGCUGGAAUAUCCAGAGGAAAGGAUAACCCAUACUGCUCAGAAAAUGAUUCCAAGGUUAUCAUUCGCAAGAAUGAGCACUUGUGCGGUGUUAUUUGUAAACGCACUGUUGGUUGUUCUUCUGGAUCUCUCAUUCAUGUGCUCUGGCACGAGGCUGGACCAGAACGUUGCAAGGACUUUUUGACAACUGUUCAAAAGGUGGUGAAUGCAUGGUUUGUCCAUAACGGUUUUACAGUGUCAUGUUCUGACAUUACAGCUAGCGAAUCUACGCUUUCUCGUGUGGCAGAGGUACUAGAGAGGUCCAAGAAGGAAGUGCAAAGGCUGGUUGGUUUGGCACAACGAGGAAAGCUAAAGUGUCAGCCAGGUAAAUCCCUCUUUGAGUCCUUUGAGGCUAGAGUGAACAAAGAAUUGAAUGAUGCCAGAGAACAGAGUGGUACCAUUGCGGCUCAAAGUUUGGAUGAGCGCAACAACAUUCUGGCCAUGGUCAACUCUGGAUCCAAGGGAUCCACCAUCAACAUUUCACAGAUUAUAGCUUGUGUAGGUCAGCAGAAUGUAGAAGGUAAAAGAAUUCCCUUUGGUUUUAGGGAUCGUUCCCUGCCACAUUUUAUCAAACAUGAUUACGGCCCAGAGAGUAGAGGUUUUGUCUCAAACUCCUACUUGUCAGGAUUAACACCACAAGAAAUGUUCUUUCACGCCAUGGGAGGAAGAGAGGGUAUUAUUGAUACUGCAUGCAAGACCUCUGAGACUGGUUACGUGCAAAGGAGGUUGAUCAAAGCCAUGGAGGACAUUAUGGUUCAGUAUGACAAGACAGCCAGAAACGGAGGCGGUGAUAUUCUCCAGUUUUUGUAUGGAGAAGAUGGUAUGAGUGCUGAAUACAUUGAGGAUCAGCAUUUGGAUUUGAUGAAGCUUGACUUUGCUGAACUUGGUCGGCUCUAUGAGCACGAUUUUAGGAAUGAAAAUUAUGGUAUCGGAUGGAUUCUGGAUGAAUCUAUUCGUACAAACAUUCUCACAGACUUUAGUCAGCAAGUUGUGCUUGUUGAGGAAUACCAGAGACUGCUUGAUAUGAAGUCAAUUGUAUGCAAGGUGGUAUUUCCGGACGGUGAUUACAGCCAGCACUUGCCAAUUAAUAUUGCUAGGUUGCUAGAGUAUGCCAAGACGCAAUUCCCGGCCACUAUAGAGAGUAGGAAAUUGCUCAACCCUGUUGACAUUGCAACUAGGGUACACAGGCUUUUGGAAAACCUCAUUAUUGUGAGUACAAGUGGACCACAGGACAUUUUGGCUGCGGAGGCACAGGAAAAUGCCACGAUUUUGAUAAAGGCACAUUUGCGUUUGGCACUACACUCCAGAAGGCUCAUGGAACAUGAAAAGAUUGGAUCAGAUGCUCUAGACUGGCUACUUGGAGAAAUCGAGAGGCAUUUCUACAAAUCAAUUGCACACCCUGGAGAAUGUGUAGGCGCUAUUGCUGCUCAGUCCAUCGGAGAACCAGCCACACAAAUGACUCUAAACACAUUCCACUUUGCUGGUGUCUCUUCAAAGAAUGUUACACUUGGUUUACCUAGGCUAAAGGAGCUCAUCAAUGUGGUGAGGAAUGUCAAGACUCCGUCUCUAACCAUUCACUUGGAGGAGGGAGUUGCACAGGAUCAGGAACGUGCAAAGGACAUGCAGACUCGUCUAGAGUACACUACUCUUGACAAGGUUGUGGCUUCGUCACAGGUUAUUUAUGAUCCAAAAGUAUCAAACACAAUUGUUGCAAAGGAUAGAGAAUGGGUAAGGGAUUAUUAUGAAUUUCCAGACGAGGAUGAGAAUAGGCUUGGACCAUGGUUACUUCGGAUUCAAUUAUCCAACAAAAUCAUGACUGAUAAACGAUUGACCAUGAAGGAGAUUGGGGAUCAGAUUUACAAGGAGUUUAGCAACGAUGAAAUUGACUGUAUUUAUACAGAUGAUAAUAGUGAGGAGUUGGUGCUGAGAAUACGCAUAAAGUAUAUGAAUGUGGAGGGGGAAGAGCUCGCAGUUCGGGAGGAUGAAGGAGAGUUUUUGCAGCGCUUCAUGACUCAGCUUUUGUCAAACAUUAAGCUAAGAGGAAUACCGCAAAUUUCAAAGGUAUACAUGAGGGAAGAGGCAAAAACAAAGUAUAAUGAAACAAACGGAAGGUUUGAGCGGGUUAGUCAGUGGGUUCUGGAUACAGACGGUUGCAAUUUAGAGGAUGUGCUGCCCAUUCCAUCUGUUGACUAUGUACGCACCAUUUCUAAUGAUGUCUCUGAAAUUUUCCACGUCUUUGGAAUUGAGGCUGCAAGAAGAGCUCUUUUACGUGAGCUUCGUGCUGUCAUUAGUUUCGAUGGAAGUUAUGUCAAUUACAGGCACUUGUCGCUUUUGUGCGACGUAAUGACACAAAAGGGCCACAUCAUGUCCAUCACUAGACAUGGAUUGAAUAGGACGGAUAGGGGACCCCUGGUAAAGUGCAGCUUUGAGGAAACACUCGAGACUUUACUCGACGCCUCAAUAUUUGGUGAAGUUGACCAGCUCAAGGGUAUUACGGAGAAUGUGAUAAUGGGUCAGUUGUGCCCCUAUGGAACCGGAUGUUUUGAUAUUAUGAUUGAUGAAGCAAAGUUGAGAGACGCGAAUCAAAAUCUGCAAAUGGUUCCAGACUCCGCCAUGUCUGGAUUCAUUAGCCCCGAUUCAUCUCUUUCACCAAACGUAUCAAUGUCGCCUGGUAAAAUUAAUUCAAUGCUAUCGCCGCUGCCAUUCAGCCCAUCGUAUGCGGCACUAAUGAUUUCGCCAGUUGUUGCUGCGAAUUCACCAAGCUUUGGUUCAAUGAAUAUCGAUACCAGUGCACUUGGAGGAAGCUUCUCACCAACGGUUCAAACACCCAGAUCACCAACUUCACCAGGGUAUGCACCGCUAUCCCCAAAUCCCCUUUCACCCGCUUAUUCACCUGCUUCGCCAACUAGUCCGGCCUAUUCCCCGACUAGUCCAGCAUAUUCACCAACCUCACCUGCAUACUCUCCAACCUCGCCUGCUUAUUCUCCUACUUCACCGGCGUAUUCUCCAACGAGUCCUGCAUACUCACCAACUUCACCUGCCUAUUCUCCUACCAGCCCCGCAUAUUCACCUACAUCCCCGGCUUACUCACCCACAAGUCCAGCUUAUUCACCAACUAGCCCUGCAUAUUCCCCGACAUCACCAAAGAUUGGAUAUUCGCCGACCAGCCCAGCUUACUCUCCCACUAGUCCGGCGUAUUCUCCAACGAGUCCUGCAUACUCGCCCACAUCACCAGCAUAUUCACCAACCUCACCUGCCUACUCUCCUACUUCGCCGGCUUACUCACCCACAAGUCCAAAUAUUACCUACUCACCAACGGACCCAUUUUCUCCAAAUCCAUUUGAAGAGGACGUUGAAGAUGAGGAGUAG